AUGGUUGCCUUCUCUUCCAUCCUUCUCGGUCUUAGCACCGCAGCUGCUGUGGUUGCAUCUCCGCUCAAUCUCAUCACCCGUGCCACUCCUCAAGGCACCGGUACCCACGACGGGUUCUUCUAUUCCUUCUGGUCCGAUAACCAGGGACAAGUCACCUACAACAAUGAAGCUGGUGGCAAAUACAGCUGCUCUUGGAGCAAUGUUGGCAACUUCGUAGCUGGCAAGGGCUGGAACCCCGGCGGCGCUAAAGUUGUCACCUACAAUGGAACUUGGAACGCGGCCAACGUAAACUCCUACAUCUCCCUCUAUGGCUGGACUCGCAAUCCCCUGAUCGAGUAUUACAUUGUCGACAGCUACGGCAGCUACAACCCCUCGAGUGGUGCCACGAAGAAGGGUUCAAUUACAUCCGAUGGCGGGACCUACGACAUCUACCAGACCACCCGUACCAACCAGCCAUCCAUCGAUGGCACCUCUACUUUCCAGCAAUUCUGGUCUGUGCGGACCCAGAAGCGCGUAGGCGGAACCAUCACCACGCAGAACCAUUUCGAUGCCUGGGCGAAGGUCGGCCAGAAACUCGGUACACACAACUACAUGAUUCUGGCGACAGAAGGGUAUCACAGCAGCGGAUCUGCUUCCAUCACCGUCGGCGGUUCUUGAGGUGGAUUUUGGUCAUGAUUGGGCGGGGAUGAGAUUAAGGAUAAAGUUGUAUUUAAGAUCUAC